AUGAAGUUUCCUUCUGUCUGCUCUGGUUCAAUGACUGACGCUGCUAUUAAGGCGUGUAAGUACGUAAAUGCUUUGCAAUCAAUUAUGUCUGAUGUCCUCGGCUAUAUUAAGAAAGGUGAAAAUUCAAAAGAAAUCUGCAUGAAACACGGAUAUUGCCCACAAAAGAACAAUAUUCCUCAUAGAGACAUUAAAAGGAAAAUACCAAGAAGAACAUUAAAGAUUCAUUAA